AUGAGAAUAAUCAAAACUCAGAUAUUUACAAACCUUUCACGAAAAUGGGAAGAAUCAAGAUUGUGGUGGUCAUCGGCAGUGCCAUCAUCUCCGGUUUAUGAGAUCGAUGCUAGAAAAACGGGGAGGGGAUGGGGAAUUGGUAUAGAGGAAUUUGGACAGCUACGAGUUCGACUUAAGAAGGAAAUGGAAGGAAAUGAGAGGAAAGUAAGAGAGAUUGCUCGGGAGCAGGGUGCUAGGGUUCAAGAGAGUCAGAUUUCAUGUGCUAUCAUCACCGGAGAAACUGACAACAUCAACAAUGAAUUUGCCAUCCAACUAGCUCAAAAGGGUCUUCACCUAAUCUUGGUUAGCAAAAAUCUAUCCAAGCUUAAAGAAGUUUCUGAUGAGAUCGUAUCGAUGCACCCAACCACCAAGAUCAAGAUUUCCAGUAUGGAUUUUUCUGGCGAGAAUACGGUGGUUGGAGUUAGGGAGAUGCAUAAGGUGAUUAUUGGUGAAAAACUAGACGUAGGAUUUUUGGUGAAUAAUGCCGGGGUGACUUAUCAUGUGGCUAGGUUUGUUCAUGAGGUUGAAGAAGAAGUUUUGGAUGAAUGCGAUGAAAGUGAAUGUGGUAGGUAUGAGUUUGGUAACAAGAGUUAUGAGUGA